AUGUCGCUUGGGAGGAUUUCAUCUGUGUCACUGCUGCUGCUGCUGUGUUUGGUGGCUACUGUGAAGAAUGGAAUAGCAAUGCCGCGAAAUCCAGGAUGUCCAAAUGCUGAGGACAAGAACUUCCCCCAGAAUGUAAAAGUCAGCCUGAACAUCCUUAACAAGAGUGUAAAUUCCCGAAGGCCUUCAGACUACUACAAUCGAUCUACUUCACCUUGGACUCUCCACCGCAACGAGGAUCGUGAGAGAUAUCCCUCUGUGAUCUGGGAGGCCAAGUGCCGCCACUUGGGCUGUGUCAAUGCUGAAGGGAAUGAGGACCACCACAUGAACUCUGUCCCAAUCCAGCAAGAGAUCCUGGUCCUACGCAGGGAGUCCCAGCACUGCCCACACUCAUUCCGGCUGGAGAAGAUGCUGGUGGCUGUAGGAUGCACCUGUGUAACCCCCAUCAUCCAUCACAUGGCCUAAGGGCUUUGAGCCAGAUCCAAAGCAACCUGCAACUGUUAGUCUUUCCAGACCCUGAAGAACUCUGAUCCUUCAAAAACCCAGCCCCACUUCUGACCAAAUUCACUAGGGUUCUUAAAACAGUUCAUUCAGUUGAAGCUCCGGAGGCAACACUUUUUGGUUCUGAGAUACCAUCUGAAUUACCUUCCCUCUCCCCAAGAUGAAAGGUUUGGACUGCAUAUCAAUUCGCUUCUUGUUUGCUCUUCUAAGGGCUUUAAGUUAUUUAUGUAUUUAAUAUGUCCUGAGGUAACUUUGAAUCUUAAGAACUUGUUUUAAUGAAUUGCCUCUUUUACCUUGUAUUUCUUUUUAAAAGAAGACAAGAUGUAAGACUCA